CACACACACACACACACACACACAGGCAGAGUCUCCGUCCCACUUAUUUCACUCAAGUCUUCAACGGCCUUAUCAUCUCCUCCAAUGUCCAUCGCCAGUUCUGCUGCAACUUCAGCAGACUGGUCUUCUGCUUGCGUGAUCUCAUCCAAAAAUCCUCACAAAUUUCACUUCCUCGCAUCAUUCAAAACCCAUUUAUUCUAUUCCAUUAAUCCCACUUGCUAUAGCAAUAAUCUCCGAGUUUUCAAUGCAAAUUUAACCAAUUUUCCCGUCAUUGAAUUGGACUUGAAGUUACAAAACUCCCCAGAAGAAUGUCCAGCUCCAACGCCGGGUGCCGAGGACUCGAACGAUUUCAUAUGUGGCUUGUUUCAGAAUCCUCAGACGGAAGAAUGCGCCUACGAUCACUACGAGAAAGCCCGAAAGAAGCCUGAAUUCAGACCAAACAAAUCGACAUUGGAGCAGCUGAUAAGUGAUCACGGAGAUGAAGUUGCUGUCCCGGCUUUUGAUUCGACGAUGAGAGGAUAUAAUGAGCUUCAUAUGUUUAAAAGCACGAUUUCCGUGUUUGAACGGAUGGAAUCCGAUGGAAUUACUGCGAAUUCCGGAUGCUAUUGCCGGAUCAUGGAAGCUUAUAUGAAAAAGGGUGAUUGCAGAAAAGUUAAUGAAUUGUUUGAAGAAAUGAAAAGUAGGGAAUUAGAUUUGGUGCCUUUUUCUACUCAAAUAUACGGAAUUUUAUGUGAAUCACUGUGCAAAUUGGGACAGCCCUUUGAAGCUCUUGAGAUUUUCCGAAGUGUGACGGAGAGAGGAGUUUAUUUAGAAUCUUCAAAGAUUUACUCUCUGCUGAUUUGUUCAUUCGCAAGCAUUCGAGAAGUAGGGGUGGCUGAAGAGCUUUUUGAAGAAGGAGAGAGCAAGAAAUUGUUGAAGGAUCCGAGUUUGUUUUUAAAAAUGAUAUCAAUGUAUGUGGAAGAAGGGUUGACAGAGAAGACUCUCGGAGUAGUUAAGGUGAUGAAGGGUGCGAAUAUCAGGGUUUCCGACAAUAUAUGCUGUGCGGUUGUUAGUGGCUUCUCUAGGAAAAAUCGACUCCUGACCGCUGUUAAAUUUUUCGAAGAUUUGGUGUCGAUGGGCUGCCAGCCAGGGCAAGUGACAUACGCGUCCAUCAUCAAUGUCUAUUGCCGCCUAGGGCUUAACUCGAAGGCGGAAAUGGUUUUUGAGGAGAUGGAGGAAAAGGGGUUUGGAAAAUGUGCUGUGGCAUAUUCUAGCAUGGUUGUGAUGUACGGGAAAACAGGGAGGCCAAGAGAUGCAAUGAGGCUUGUGGCGAAGAUGAAAGAAAGAGGGUGUAAGCCGAACGUAUGGAUAUACAAUUCUUUGAUGGAUAUGCAUGGAAGGGACAAGAAUUUGAGGCAGGUUUCGAAGAUUUGGACGGAAAUGAAGCGAAGGAAGGUAGUGCCGGAUAAAGUAAGCUACACGACGGUUAUAAGUGCUUACAACAAGGCAGGGGAGUUUGAAAUGUGUAUGAAAUAUUACCAUGAGUUUAGGGUUCAUGGGGGUGUUUUGGACAAGGCUUUGGCUGGAAUGAUGGUUGGGAUUUUUUCGAAGACGGGCCGGAUUGAUGAGCUGGUGAAGCUUUUGAGAGAUAUGAAAUCGGAAGGGAUGGCGUUGGAUGGGAGGCUUUACCGGUCAGCCUUGAAUGCUUUGACAGAUUCGGGGCUGGAAAUGCAGGUAAAAUGGCUGCAAGGUAGCUUUAAGGUUACAUAGAUUAUAUCGAUAGGCCUCUUAAAUCUUGAUUCGAUUUCGAAAUUUUUCAUUUUAUCUGUACAGAUCGAAAUCGAAUUCUAGCGUUAGAUAGAGAGGAGACUCACAUGUGUUUGUGAGCCCUACUUCUAUUACAGAACAAAUGUGGCAUGUAAAAUGUAGUAAGAGUGUCAUUUUUUGCCAAAUAUAUGCACCAAAUGAGUAGUGCUAUAUUUACCAUUUA